UCAGUUCUUCACUGCACUUCGUACGAAUCGGAGCUUUCGCCAAGCAAAUUCGAACUCGGUUUGUCUUCGUUACGUUCAGCGACUUUUUCGGUAUCUGUCGGUGUGUGUGUCAGAUAGACGCACGCACACGCAGCGAUACACACACGCGUACACGCGCACGCACACCCCGACGAUCGAUCGGUCGAUUUUAUAGAGUUCGUUCGCGACAACGUGACCAUUUCUAUAUUUUUACGAAGAAUAUUCUUGAAACCGUACUUUUCUGUCUUGGAACCUAGUUUCAGGGAUCCUAAAUCGUAAUUAAUCGUCGCCGGUUUUCGAUCAUUGUUCGGUGAUAAGACAGAGAGAGAGAGAGAGAGAGAGGGAGAGAGGGAGGACGUGAGAAAUCGAAACGAAAGAGGGUACCGGAAGAGACAAACUAUGCCCGUGAACGAGAGGGCGUCGUUAGUUUUCGUUUAGGAUUUCCCCCGAUAGAUUUACAGCUAUCGUUUCCAAAGAGAAGGGAUUGCUGAAGAAGAGGGAUUUACUGCAGCCGCGAAGAUGCCAGAGGGAUCGGCGAGUCAACUAUGCAGAUGGUUAUUCUUGGCGGGGCUGAUUUAUUGUUCGUCCUGUCAAGGUGUUUCCUCAACGUUUGAAAACAAGACGGGUCAAAGCGAGAGCAAGCCGCGCGUAUUCUCGCCGAGAAUGGAUUACGACGAGUGGACACCGCUUGGCCGUGGCGAUCCGUUGAAGAACAAUCCGACGUUCGAUUACGUGCCGCCUGUGCUCGACAGGGUUCAAUAUUGGCUUGACUCUCACACGACCGAGCCGUCCGCGAAACGCGACAUCCUCGUCCUGGGCGUCACCGCGAAGAAAACCAGCCCGAAGAUACCGGAGCAGUUCUUGAAGUUCGUCGACGGGCCGAAGUUCACGAGAUCGAAUCACCAGGAUGUCCCGUACAGGAGCGACUUCACCGGCAGCACGGGCGCGGAGCCGCCGAAGCUCGUGAGGACGAGCAACUUCAGGAACGGGCCGAUCGAUUACAGGAAUCAAAACAGAAUCCAGUCGAUACCGGCUAGCUACUAUCCGAGCCCGUUUUACAAUCAAAAAGCGAAGCCGUACACGAUGAUGCUGCCACCGCCGUUGACACAGAAGGACAAGAUCGUCAGCUUCGUCGAGUCUACCAAUCAGCAGCAGUACAACACGCAAACGGAGGACGGACUGGUGCUUCAAGACCCGCAGGUAUACGGUUCGCUGUCUCCGCCGAAGGGUUACAAUCAACAGCAGCCAGGGAAACACCAGUCUCAAACAUUGUCCAAGUUCUCACCGAGCAAGAGCCCCGUUCAAACGGUCUCCACGCAAGUGGAGACAAUCAAGAGCGUGCACGCACCGCAGCCGACGAAGAUGAAACACGACAGCGCGACCACACCGUCCGUUUCAUUCGAGAAGUCCAAUCUGAUUUACCAGUCGACGCAAACUCUGUCCGGCGGCUGGCCGGCUGGUGGCUCGUUGGCAACGUCGACCGUCAUAUCGGACGCCGGUGGUCAGUCGACUCGUCAGACCACCGACCACUCUCGCGACCAAUACGACGUCGAUCACCACGUCGCGGCGGCGUCUUCGAAUCACCAGGUGGUCGUCGAGCAGAACGCGAAUAUAAUUGUCGACGGAGACAGCAACGAGAACGAGGAGGUGGUCGUCGGUCAAAAGGAGAAGCACAUCGACUCGAGCACAGUGUCACCUGUCACGACCACGAUGACGACGACCACUACGUUCGACUCAAUUCACGAGGAUAAGAACGACGACGCGGACGACGAAUCGGCAACGAGUCGGUCGUCCGAGAAGAUGCACAUCGUCAUCGCCAAUUCACCGCACAGUCUCGACAUCGAGGCGACGAGCGAAGCGAAGAGAGGACCGGUGGCGGUCGUGAUGCCGAGCAAUUAUUCGGCGACAAAUAAGAAGUUGACUCACACAUCGCCGAGCUCGGUGACAAAGUCAGAGACCAUCGCUGCCGCAACCAGCCUCGCGGAGAACUCCACCAGCGAUGUCUCGUCGAAAGUCGAGUUUCAGCCAGUUCGAGGCUCGCCGAUCUUCGCGGAGAGCUCUCAAUCAACGGUCGUCUUACCGAACAAAAUGAUAUCGGCUCAUCAGCAACACGCGAUGCACUACCACUCGACGAUCGCUCCGUUCUCCUCGCAACAUCCUGUCGAUUCUUUCCUCGGGUUCGGCCCGCCGCAAGCUCCUCUCUCCUCGAUGAUGCACCCAUCACAGGCUAGGCCCAACCACGGCACGAUGCAUCUAAUCGGUAGCAUGCGUCCGACGGUUGGUUUCCGAGCUCCGGUCUCGAUGCCGAUGUUCCCGCCAAUGACGCACAUGCACGCGCCACCGCCGCCUGUAAGAUCGACGAUUGAUCACAUGGGACCUUCGAUCGUGGAUCAGCCAGCAGCAGCAGCAGCUCGUCCAUCGUCGCCGCAGUUACAGAACUUCCCCCCUAUGUUCGUCGACUCGCAAACUUCGACUCUGAUCGGCACCGAGGACCGCUACUUCGAUCGGCAUCGAUCUCGCUUGCCAGACACAACCGCGUCGAUCUUUACCAUACCCACCUCUUCUCCUUUCUUGCCCACCGUCUCCUCGCCGUUGCUCGAGAAUUCGUCGUUGGUCGACACGCACGCUCCGGGAAAAGAGGCACCAGUGAACGACGGUGAAGAGAGAGAGAAAGUGGAAAUGGAGAUGGAGAUGGAAGAGGAGGAGCAGCGAGAGAAAGAGCGAGACAGCCGGAAAAAGAUAUCGUCCGCGGAUUCGACGACCCCGAGAGUGACCACCGUCCCGAGUCUCACCACCGAUCCUAUCUUCUCGCACUACAAACAACCGGCGAAACCUAUCCGCGGCCCGAUGUACCUCAUCAUUCAGGGCCACUCGAAGGUGAAGACUUACAAGCCCACGAUCAGCAAACACGGAGUGCCAGUAGAAGGGAACGAGAUCCCAGAGAGCGUCACGGAGAGACAGCUGUCGAAGUUCGAGCAGUUCGUUCAGGAGAACACGAGGAGCAACGGGAACCGGGCGGCAGCGAGCGCGGCGGAGAAGAAGAAGAUUGAAGAGAAAGCGCGUAUCGAAAAGCUGGCGAAGGUUCGUCAAAGUAACUUAAUGAGCCUGGUCGAGAGCGGCUUAGCGAGCUUCACCGUGUCACCUUCGUCUUCCGUGACGGAGGACGAGCGCCGUGGAGACUCGGUGACCACGAUCGAGAUCAACGCCAACUGAGAUUUGUUCGCGCGGAUAGGAAGAUUGGAAGAGAUAUUUUUUGCAGGAUGCGCGACGAUACGGUACCAAGCCUCAAGCUCAGUUUAAAGCUACUCAGUUCGAAACUUGCGCGUGGCUGGGCUAUCGCAUAUGAAACGAUAGAUACGUGGACGAUAUCGGUGAAAUUUCUGCUUCUGCGACGCAGCUUUCUUCGCAGGUAUCAAUUUCAAAAGAUGAAAAUUCUAUUAUUCCAUUGCAAACUCCGUAAUUUUCCGUAUCGUUAGGUUUAAAUCUACGAUUCUGAAAAAUUGUGCGUUUGGAGUUUGAU